AUGUAAACAACAAACUUACAUUUAAUGACUUUAGGAUGUAAUCCUAAUUUCUCUAAAUUCUCAUGUCUUAAUGUUAUUAAUUAAGAUUGUAUAUGGUAAGGAGAAUGUAAGUAAUAUGAAAUCCAAAAUUAUGACUAAAACAUUGAGGAGGCCAGCUGUGAAUCAUAUUAUAAUUAACCUGUAACUCCUUAAAUGUGUGCAAAAAUAUAAAAAUUAAGAUGUAAAUUAAAAAAUAAACUAGGUUUUCAUGGAGGAAUAAAAUAUGAUUAUAAAUGUAUAACAUUAUUAGAAGAACAACUUUCAGAAAUUAAAUGCUCUCAAAAAGGCUUAAAUAAAAGUGGAUGCAUUUCUAUCACCACUAAAGAUUAAAAUUGUAAUCAUAAAUAUUUAUUUUAGGUAUUUUUAAAGAUAAUCAGUGUUAAUUUAUAGAUAUAUAUUAUUUAGAUUCUUGUGAUUAUAUUAUAAAUAAGCAAACUUGUUUAUCUUCUAAAAUAAAUAAAUUAUAAUGUGAAUGGACUAUUGAAGGUUGUAGAAUAUUUUAAAAUAAAAAUUAUCAAUGCAAUUAAAUAACUGAUGUUAAUUAUUUUGUAUGUGAAAACUAUGAUGGUAUAUGUUCAUAUAAUAUUGAAACUUAAAGUUGUUAAGAUUUAACUCCAUCAUAAUUAAAUAAUCUAUCUUGUUCUACAAUAGGAUUAAGUAAAUAAGCAUGUUUAUCAAUAAAAAAUAAUAAUUGCACUUUUUAUCGAGGUUUUUGUGAGAGUUUAUCAGAAGAAGAUUUAAAUAUAUUUAAUUGUGAUAUGUUAUUAAAUGAAGAUGCUUGUACUAAUAUAAAAACUUAAUUUUAAUAUUGUUAAUGGAAUGGUAUGUAAUGUGAAAGAGUAUUUGUAAAUUAAUCUAUGAAUUGUGAUGUUAAUAAUGAUAAGAAUUUUAAAUAUAAUGGACUCUUUUGUCAAAAUAUAUCAAAUAAAGAAGCAGCUUGUAAAUAUGAUAAUAUUUUGAAACAAUGUGUUCCAAGUUCUCCAGAUGACUUUUGUGAUACAUCUUAUCUAAAUUUUCUUGGUUGUUUAAAUAUAAAAAGAUAUAAUUAGACAUGUUAAUGGACAAUCAAUGGAUGCAGAUUUAUUCAAAUUUUCCCAUUCUAAACAACUUGUGAAAGCUUAGGCCAUGCCAAUCCUAAUGCCUGUUCUCAAGUAAUAGAAAGCCUGUAAGAAGGUUGUUAUUAUGAAAAAAUAUAUCAAAAAUGUUAAAAUGUAGAUUAAUUAUAAAAUUAAGGUUAAUUAUUAAAUUCAUUAGAUUGUGAAAAUAAAUAAUUAGGAUUAAAUAGAAUACUUUGUGCUAGUAUAAUUAAACCAUAGACAGCUUGUAGAUGGCAUUUAAAUGAAUGUGUUAAGAUUUUCAGUUAAAAAGAAAUUUCAGAUGUGUCUUGUUAAGAAUUAAUAUAUUCAAAUUCUCAGAGUUGUGCUAUGAUCUUAUUUAAAUAAGAACCUUGUAGAUUUGAAAGUGCUGCAAAGGGGUGCAUUAACUCUGUUAAAAAAAUUAUGAAAUGUGAUACAUUAGGUUUAAAUGCAUUUGCAUGUGCAUAAUUAGAUGAUUAAUGUUACUUUAAUCAGGAUUAAUUAGAAUGCCAGCACUUUUAAUUUUAAGAUUAAUCUUAAAAUUCUUAAGAAUCUAAUUAAUAUGAUGAUGAAACAAUAUAAAGUAGUUUGGAGGACUUAAAAUGUAUUGAAAGUUCUCCUACAGAAAAAAUUUGCAAAUUAAUAUCAACACCAGGAUAAUUAUGUUAAUGGAAAGUAACAUAAGAUCAAUGUGGGUAAGUCAUUGUGAAUAUAAAUUAAAAAUGUGAAGACUUUAAAAAUGUUAAUAGUAAUGUUUGUGCUUCUGUUUUGAUGGAAAAUCCAGAAAAAGUUGGAUAUUGUAUAUAUAAUCCUAUUAAAAAUUAAUGUGAUCUUUUAAAUCCUAAAGAAUUAUGUUAGACUAAUUGUUGUACUGAGAGUAAAUUUAAUGGAAUUAAUUCUCAUUCUUGUAGUUUUCUAACAAGAAAUUCUAAUUCAUAUUGUUAUUUUGAAAAUAAUAGAUGUAAAGAAUUGACAUCAAAUAUGGUUGAUAUCACAGAUGAAAAAGCAGUUAAACAAUUUUUUAAUGCUAAUGAAGUAAAUGGAUUCAUAUGUUCAUAGAUGGGUAAAAAAUCAUGUCAUAUGAUUGAAUGGUCAACUUCAUAAAGAUGUUAUUUUAAUGGAAAUUCAUGUAUUAAUAUCAAUUUUGAGAAUUAUAACAAUUUUAAAAUAUUUACGGAAGAACCUUCAAUUUUAAAUCGUUAUGCUUGUUUGGCAAUUGAAGCAUCCUUAACAAUUUAUAAUAGCGAAAAAUAUUUUGAAUAUGAUCAUGAGAAUCAUCGUUGUAUUAGUAAAGAGUAUUUAAGUUCACCUCCUUAUUAUGCACGUUGUGAAGAUGUUUAAGGAAAUUCUAAUAUAUGCUUAAGAUUUACAGAAAAUAAUUAUUGUAGAUGGGAUAAAAAAUUAUUAAAAUGUGUAACAAUGUCAUAAGCUGAAUUUGAAGAUAUAACAACUUGUGAUUAAAAUUAAAAUAUUAGAGCAUGUAGAGAAAAUAUUCAUGCUCCUUGUUUCUUUUCAUUUGAUUUAGAUAAAUGUAUAACUGCUUAUACUUAUGUUUCAUGUAGUUAUUUUGAUUCAAAAGGUCCAGUUACUGAAAAAGCAUGUUAAUAAAUAGAUUUACCAAAAUAAUAAUGUGAAUGGUUCAAUUAUUAAUGUAUUAUUUCAAAAAAAUUUUCUAAUCUUUGUGAUGUAAGUGGAGCUAACAGAUAUACAUGUUAUAAAAAUACAUUAGGUAGAUGUAAAUGGAGUGAAGAAAACUAAUAUUGUUAUGAAAUUUCAAAAUAUUAAAAGAUUUCAGAAUUAGGUUGUAAUGAUAAUAUAAAUUAAAAUUUAUGUUAAUUAAUAACUAAGGAAGCUUGCUUUUGGGAUGAUUAUAAUUUUGUAUGCAAAGACUUUUAAUAUAUGAAAUAUUCAGAUUUUGAACUUUUAUCAUAAGAAAACUUAUAUACAGAAUUAUCAUGUCGAAAAAUAUCAGGAGCUGGAUUUAAAUAUGAUUCCAUAAAUAAAAAGUGUUAACUUAUAAAUGAUAAUGAUAAUAAGAAUCCUUGUGAAUUAAUGAUUAAUGAUUAUGCUUGCUUAUAUUUAACUAGAGGAUAUGAUUGUGUCUAUGAUAUAUCGAAAUCACCUCCUUGCUAACCAUUUAUAGAUGAUUAAUCAAUAUGUAACACUUAGAAACUUAUUAAUAUUGAAGUCUGUAUGAAAAUUAGCAAAAAAUGUUUCUUCUCAAAAACAAAAUUAUAAUGUUUAGAUGCAGAAUCAUGUCCCAAUCCAGAAUAAUGUUUAAAUCCAGAAAUUGCCUAAACUUAAAAUUGUUCUAAUUUAAAUUAUUAAUUAACUGUUGGGAAUCAUUUUAAUAAAUUAUCUUGUUCUUCUAUAAAUGAAUAAAGAAUAUAAAGCCAUUCAUCUAAAUAAUGUUAUUAAUAUUAGGAUAACAUUUAAGAAUGUAAUUAAGAGAGAUUUUGUGAAUGGAGUGAAAAAAUUUAUGGAUGUAAUAUCAAGAUAUAAACCAUCUUAGUGUUUGAUUAUGAAAAUACAGUAAUAUCUUCUGUCUUUGUAUAUCAGUAUAGUAUAGACAAUUGCACAGAUUCUGAAUGUCGAAAUUAUAUUUUAUAUCCUGAAAAGCUUGAAAAACCUUACAAUGAUCAUAAACCCCAAGAUACAAGUCCUCUUGUAUGUGGUUAUAUUAAAACCUGUGAGUUUUAAGAUAUAACUUGUUAUUCAGAUGACGAUUGUCUAAGCAUAUGUUCUAAACCAUUAGAAAUAAAUGAUGAUGGAACAUUUAUAUAAUGCACAAGGGUCAAAUAACAAUGCAAAAAAAAGUGUUAAAAAAUUGGUGAGAUCGCUUGCAAGAAAGGUUAUUAAAAUCCACCUCUAGAAAUUGUAGACUAUAAAAUGGUUAAUAUAGAUUAAAAAUGUUAAGGAACCUGCUCUUUAUCAAAUCAAGAAGAUGAAAAAUAACUUUGUAGCUCAGAUAAGCAGUGUGAUGAUACAAAAGAUAAUAAUAAAUGUCAAGACCUAAGAUGUACUCUCGAUCAAAGUAGUUGCUUAACACAAUGUCCUUUAUUUCCUUAAAAAUAAUGGAAUCUAUUACCCGCUAAAUGUGUAGAUAAAUAGAUCUACGUAAUAGUUCCUAUUUGUAAAGGAUUCGCUUAUAUUGAAUUAAAAUGCAAAAAUACUUUCUCUAAAGCAGUUUGUUUGUAUGGAGUAUUAGAAGAAUGUAUCUUUGAUAUAAAUUAAGGAGGUUGUAUUUAAUUAAAGGGAAAUGAACAUAAAGUACCUAAUUGUUCAUCAAUUUCAAGCAGAUGCAAACCUACAGAAUAAGCAUUAGAAUGUGAUCCAAAUAAACCAAUUUGUAAAAAUAGUACAGAAUGUUAACCUAAUGGUUUCUUAAAUUCUUGUCUAAAGAGUUCUAACUAAAAAGUAAUUUGUAAAGCUGGAGAAACUAAAAUAAUCCCAAAUGAAAAUAAAUGUAUCACUUUAUAGAGACAAAUUUAAUAAUGUGAAACAGCAACUAUAGAUGAAAAUCUUUAAUGUGAUUAGAUGACUGGAGAUGUAUCUCCUGCUUUAUGUGCAUUAGCAAUAGAUUUCUGUCGCUUUGAGUUAGACAGAUGUGUUAGUGAUAAACCAUUAGAUUAACAAAAUUAAUGUAUUUGUGAUUCAAGUUUUAGUAAAUCACUUUGUGAAGAUUGUGGAUGCGUAUUUGAUUUUGUCGGAUAUUGCCAAUAAAAGGCACUUGUCCCCUAAUUAAAUCCUGAUAGAUCAAACAAAUAUUAUUUAUGUUAUGAAGUUGAUUUAUUAAAUAUUAGAGAUAAAUCAAUUAUUUGUUCCCUUGUUGAACAAGCUUGCAUUUUUAAGGAAAAUUGUGAGGAUGCAACUCAUCUCCCUUGUGAUAAAUUAAACUAAUAUAUAACAAGUAUGAAGGCUUGCACUAGGUGCGAAGGGUUUAGUACUGGAUAUAAUAAAAUUGAUCAUAUAUGUAGGUUUAUUUUUGUAUCCUAUAAAUGUGAUCUCUUAAAUAGAGAAGGUUGUUUAUAAAAGACAAAAGAUAUAAUGUGUAAAUGGGAAAAUUAUGAAUGUAAAUAAAUUGAAAAAAUAACAGCAUCAGAUAGUAGAGAGUGUUCAAUAUAUAAUAGAGAAGCUUGUAUAUAAUUUUCAUAUCAUUGUUGGUUUGAUAUAAAUAUUGGUUAUUGUACAGAAUUUGAUCCAUUGUAAGGAGAUUGUAAGUUAUUAUUAAAUAGAGAUCUUUGUAUGAAUUCAUUAAAAUAAUCAUGUUAAUGGGAUUUAAUUAAUAAUAAAUGUAUAAUAGAUAAUUAAGAAAUUACAUAAUGUAAAGGUUUAAAUAAAUUUGGAUGUUUAAAUCAAUCAAUUUUAUAAUGUGUAUGGUCUGAUAGUUAUGAAUGUGAAUAAGCUGAUAUAAAUAAUAAUAUUUAAUCAUGUGAAUCUCCAUUAAAUUAUUCAUAAACAUCAUAUAUAACACAUUUUAGUAAAAGGAUUUGUUCUUCAAUUAAUAUUAAUUAAAGUUGUUUUUUAGAUAAUUAUUAUUAAUGUAGAGAAAUUAUUAUAACUGAUAAAAUUAAUUGUGAUAGUUAUGGAUUAAAUAGAUUUGGUUGUAUUAAUAGAUCAAUAGGAUAAUGUUAAUUUAUAGAUAAUGAUUAAAAAUGUAUAGAAAAUUUAAAUAAUUAAAUUGGAUGUAUAGAUUCAUUAAAUAAAUGGGCUUGUAUUUCUUAAAAAUAAACAUGUAAAUUUGAUAAUGAUAUAUGUACUUUUCAUUAAGUAAACACAAUAAAUGAAUUACUUGAUAAAAAUUAAUAAUUAUAAUAUUCUAAAAGUUUAUGCAGUUCUUUAGAUAAUACUCAUACAAAAUGUUUAAUAUUUAGUGAAAUUAAAAAUAUAUGUAUUGAUAUAUCUGAUAGAGAUCCUUAUAUUGAUGAUUGUUAUAAAUUCGUUACUAAUAAAUAUGCUUGUUUAUAAAAAACUACUUCAGCUUGUUAUUAUGAUGAUAUUACUAAAGAAUGUAAAUCAACAGAAUCUAUAAUAUUAAAAAAUACUUUUAGUUGUUUUAAUGAAAUGAAUAUUAAUUGGGUAAGUUGUACUUUAUUAAUUUCAUAAUGUAAAUUUAUUAAUAAUAAAUGUUAAUAAAUAGAUUUUAAUGAUAAUUGUGAAUCUCUUGAAAUAUCAUAAGCUAUUGUUAAAUCAUCUAUUUGUUCUAGUAGAAUUGAUAAAAGUUGUAGAUUAAAUAUUAAAAGUAAUACUUGUUAAGUUAUUAAUAAUUAAUUAAUAUAAUUUUAAUAUUAAUGUUCAACUCCUGGUUUAAAUAAAUUAGGAUGUUUAUUUUUAACAAAAGGUUAUUUUUGUAAAUUUAUUAAUUAAUAAUGUAUAUUUGAUUAUAAUAAAGCAGCAUUAUGUGAAGAUAUUAUUAAUGAAGAUAAAUGUUAUUCAAUUAAAACUAAAGGAUAAUAUUGUAUAUUUAAUUAAAAUAAAGGUUGUUAAUAAAUUGAUACUAAUAUUAUUAAUUUAAAUUAAUGUAUUCAAUCAUUUAAAACUAAUCCUAUUACUUGUUCAAAAAGCACAGAUAUACCUUGUUUUUACGAUUUAAUCGAAAAUAAGUGCAAAUUUUUUGAUUAAUAAGAAUAAAAUUAAUCUUAUAAUUUUAAUUGGAAUAAUAAAAUAUCAUUUAAUUAAUAUACUUGUGAAAGAUAUUCAAAAGGGAAUAUUAAGACUUACUGGAAAACUUAAAGUGAAGAAUGCGUUGAAGUCUAGGAUUUUGAACUCACACAAUUAAAGUGUAGUGAUCUUGUAAAUGAAUUUACCUGUGUUAAUAUCCAAACACCAUCUUAAUUUUGCAAAUAUGAAAAUUUUAGUUGUAAAUUAAUUAAUAUUGAGGAUCCUUACAUAAAUAAGCAAUGUUCUCACUAUGAAAAAGUAAAUAGUGGUGCCUUUUGUUAAUUAACGAUUGAUGUUGCUUGUGAAUAUGAUAUGAGAUAUAAAAGAUGUUAAGUACUUACAUAAACUUCUUUAGUGGAUUGUGAUUAUAAUCAAACUGAAAAAAAGGGGUACAAUGAACUAGCAUGUAUNACAAUAAAUGAAUUACUUGAUAAAAAUUAAUAAUUAUAAUAUUCUAAAAGUUUAUGCAGUUCUUUAGAUAAUACUCAUACAAAAUGUUUAAUAUUUAGUGAAAUUAAAAAUAUAUGUAUUGAUAUAUCUGAUAGAGAUCCUUAUAUUGAUGAUUGUUAUAAAUUCGUUACUAAUAAAUAUGCUUGUUUAUAAAAAACUACUUCAGCUUGUUAUUAUGAUGAUAUUACUAAAGAAUGUAAAUCAACAGAAUCUAUAAUAUUAAAAAAUACUUUUAGUUGUUUUAAUGAAAUGAAUAUUAAUUGGGUAAGUUGUACUUUAUUAAUUUCAUAAUGUAAAUUUAUUAAUAAUAAAUGUUAAUAAAUAGAUUUUAAUGAUAAUUGUGAAUCUCUUGAAAUAUCAUAAGCUAUUGUUAAAUCAUCUAUUUGUUCUAGUAGAAUUGAUAAAAGUUGUAGAUUAAAUAUUAAAAGUAAUACUUGUUAAGUUAUUAAUAAUUAAUUAAUAUAAUUUUAAUAUUAAUGUUCAACUCCUGGUUUAAAUAAAUUAGGAUGUUUAUUUUUAACAAAAGGUUAUUUUUGUAAAUUUAUUAAUUAAUAAUGUAUAUUUGAUUAUAAUAAAGCAGCAUUAUGUGAAGAUAUUAUUAAUGAAGAUAAAUGUUAUUCAAUUAAAACUAAAGGAUAAUAUUGUAUAUUUAAUUAAAAUAAAGGUUGUUAAUAAAUUGAUACUAAUAUUAUUAAUUUAAAUUAAUGUAUUCAAUCAUUUAAAACUAAUCCUAUUACUUGUUCAAAAAGCACAGAUAUACCUUGUUUUUACGAUUUAAUCGAAAAUAAGUGCAAAUUUUUUGAUUAAUAAGAAUAAAAUUAAUCUUAUAAUUUUAAUUGGAAUAAUAAAAUAUCAUUUAAUUAAUAUACUUGUGAAAGAUAUUCAAAAGGGAAUAUUAAGACUUACUGGAAAACUUAAAGUGAAGAAUGCGUUGAAGUCUAGGAUUUUGAACUCACACAAUUAAAGUGUAGUGAUCUUGUAAAUGAAUUUACCUGUGUUAAUAUCCAAACACCAUCUUAAUUUUGCAAAUAUGAAAAUUUUAGUUGUAAAUUAAUUAAUAUUGAGGAUCCUUACAUAAAUAAGCAAUGUUCUCACUAUGAAAAAGUAAAUAGUGGUGCCUUUUGUUAAUUAACGAUUGAUGUUGCUUGUGAAUAUGAUAUGAGAUAUAAAAGAUGUUAAGUACUUACAUAAACUUCUUUAGUGGAUUGUGAUUAUAAUCAAACUGAAAAAAAGGGGUACAAUGAACUAGCAUGUAUAAGAAAUAAGAAUUGUACAUUUUAGAAUAACAGAUGUUAUAAAAAUAUUAAUUAAUUAAUUGCAUUUUGUGAAGAUGUUAAGCCUAAUUAAAUUUAACUCUGUAAAUAAAUUAUUACUGAGGGUUGUUCUAUCAUUAAAGACUAAUGCAUAGCAAUAUUACCAAAAAAUUAUUUUUCUAUCAAGUGUGAAGAAGCUGUAAAUAUAUAAGGAUGCAUUUAAAUUUAAACUGAAAAAUAAAACUGCUAUUAUGAUUUAAAAUCAGAGUAAUGUAAAUUCUUUGACAUAAAUAAGGAUUUUAAAUUUAAAUGUUUGGAACUGACAAACAUAAAUUCUUUUCAAUUUUGCGAACAAACUACUGAUUAACCAUGUUAAUAUAAUAUAAAGUUGAAAUAAUGUGAAAUUGCAAUCGAAAAUAAUUAAAAUUGUUCACGUGGAUUAAAUAAAAUAGCAUGUUAUAAUUAAACUGAUAAAUCAUAGUAAUGUAAAUUUCUGAAUUAUUGUUAUGGACCCAAUAAUAAAAUAUCAGAAUGCAAUCCUAAUAAUGAUUAUGAUUGUUGUAGAGAAGCAUCAUCCAAAGAGUCAUGUUUAUUUCAAAUAAAAUUUAAAUGUUACUGGGAUAAGGGAUGUUAGGCAUAUAGAUAAGGAACUUAAAAAAAAUGUGAUCAAAUUAAAGAUGCUUCAGUUCUUGUUUGCGCAUCCAUUAAAGAUUUAUUUUGUAUAUUUGACUCUGAAAAUUCCAGUUGUAAAUAAAUUAUACCUUAAGCCUGUGAUGAAAUCUAAACUUCUGAUUAAUGCAAUAGAAUAACAGAUUUUCCAUGCAUUUGGGAUGAACUCUAUGAAACUUGCAUAUACAAGAAAAAAGAUAUUUUUGAUUAAUGUAGUUAAAUAAAAGCUUAAAAUGGUAAUUUGAAGGCUUGUACUAUGAUUGAAAGAAGUGGCUAAAAAUGUAUAUUUUAGAAUAAUUAAUGUGAGACAUUUUAUUAAAAUGAGAGUAUUAAUAAUUGUAAUAGUAAUCUUAAUAUUUAAUCUUGUUUAUAAUAAACUGUUAGUUAGUGUGAAUGGGUAAUAAAAGAAGUUUAAAUAAGGAAGAGUAAGUCAAAUNUAAUAUUUAAACUUAAUAUUGUUAAAAGUUUGAAAAUCCAACUUCACCUUAAAAUACUAGUUUAAGAGAGGAUUAUUAAACUCGUAACCUUAUAUCUUUUAAUUAUUUGGCUUGUAUACUAAAUACUAUCGAUAGAGUUUAAGCAGAAGACUAAAAUAUUUAAGAUGAAGAAGCUAGCCCUGUUAAAUUAAAAACUAUAUGGAAAUAAUUAUGUUAUGAAGUUGAUCCAGCAAAUUUAAGUUUUUUAAAAUGUAAUGAUAAAUUAAAUGAGUCUGCAUGUUUAUCAAUAUAAACUCCUUUCUAAUAUUGCUAAUUCAUAGAAAAUUAAUGUUAAUUUUAAGAGCCUGAAAAUUUGAAAAAUAAUUCUUGCAAUUCUAUUUAAAAAAUAAAUUCAGGAAUUUUUUGUUAGGUAAAUGAAUCUUAUCCCUGCUUUUAUAAUUACUUAACGAUGUCAUGCGAAAAUGUUAUAGUAAUGAAUUAAAUCUAAUGCGUCGAUUCUAAUCCAGAAUCUAUUGGAUAUAAUAAAAGAGCAUGCGAUUUAAAACCUUAAGAGUGUACUUUUUCAAAUGGGUGUUAUUAAAUAAAAGCAACAUAGAAUAUUAAAUUUUGUAAUGAAUUUUCUGUCGAUGAAUGUAAUAAAGCUUUGAGAGAAGGAUGCAAAAUAGAUUAAAAUAAAUGUUUAUCUAUAAAUCCAAAUGAAUAUUCUCAAUUAGAAUGUCAUUAAGUUGCAAAUCUAUUUGGAUGCUUGAAGAUCACUACAGAAAAGCAAUUUUGUCAAUAUAAUGAAUUAAAUAAGAGUUGUUAGUUAAUUAAAUUAGAUAAAACUUCAGGCUUUUGUAAAAGUUUCUCUGCAAUUAAUAGUUAAGUUCCUUGUGAAAAUACUAUUGAUAUUCCUUGCAAAUACAAUCCAUUAGAGCAUAAAUGUGAGAAUGCCCAAGGAGAGAUAGAAUUCUAAUGCAUAAGAGGUUUAAAUUAAAUUGCUUGUUUGACUCUUACAUAAUAAUCUUUAUAAUGUUAAUUCUAUAAUUAUUGUUAUGGACCUAAUCAUAAUAUUCUUAAUUGUGACCCUACAAAGAUUAAUGAUUGUUGUUCAUAAGCAAUUACAAUUGAAAGUUGUUUAUUUUAGGAUUAGUUUUAAUGUUAAUGGUUAAAUGAAGAAUGUAAAUAAUAUUCAGAAUAAAAUUAAAAAUGUUUAUCUUUAAUACAUGUUUCAAGAAAAGUGUGUUAUGAUAUUAAGGAUACUUUUUGUAUUUUCAAUUUGGAUACAUUAGGAUGUAUAGAAAUAAAACCAGUUAAUUGUGAAUAAAUUUAAACAAAAGAAUAAUGUAUUUAAUUUACUAAUUUGCCUUGUUAUUGGGAUUUUAUCAAAGAUUAAUGUUUAUAAAAAUUAAAGAAUUCUAAUGAUGGUUGUUAAGAUAUUUAAAAUUAAUGGGGUAGUGAAAGAUCAUGCUUGGAUGUUGAAAAAUAAGGAUAAAUGUGCAUCUAUUAAAAUAAAUGUUCUGCUUAUAUGCAAUCGAAAGAGAUAGGUUGCUCAUAAAAAUUAAAUAAAUAAUCUUGUUUAUAAUAAGUAUUAAAUGAAUGCAUUUGGGAUUAAUAAUAAAAUUAAAUUUGUCUUGAAUUUAAUAGACAAUCCAAUUAAUAAUGUGACUCUAAUCUUAGUUAUCUUGCUUGUUUGAAAACUAAUACACCUAAUACAUAUUGUUAAUGGAAAGACAAUGAAUGUAAGAAUGUUGAAACUAAUUAGAUUAUUUCUUUAUCAUCUUUUUUUUAUUUAAAUUGUAAUACAUGUAGAUUAAUAAAUGAUGGUUCUAGUGUAAUAUGUGAUACUUAGAAUUUUAAAUGCUUAAAAGUAAAUAAUCUAAGGAAUCUUACUUGUGAUGUUAUUGGAAUGAAUAAAUAAGCUUGUUUAAAUAUAAAAGAUUAUCCUUGUAAAUGGGAUGAUAUAAACAAAAUAUGUUUAAAAUAUGAAUCAUCAGAUAUUAGUUGUUAAAUCAAAAAUACUAAUCCUUUAACAUGUUCAAUAAUAAAUUUAUCUUUACCUUGUGGAUCAAAAGGAAGUGAUUGUGAUUAUGUUGAUAUAACAAAGAUUUCUUGUGAUUAUCCAGGAUUAAAUGAGUAUGCAUGUCUAUAAAUUACAAAUUAUCCUUGUGGAUGGGUUUAUGAUAAUUUUAUAUAAUAAUACUAAUGCAAAUUAAUCAAAAAUUUUGAUGCAUGUUUAGGAUAUAAUCAUUAGGUUAAUGCAUUGGUAUGUACUUAAAUUUUGGAUUUACCAUGUGUUUAUAAUUCUAGAACAAGAAAUUGUAUUUUAUUUAAAGUAUCAGAAGACAAUCAUUGUAAUUGGUUGGGAAUUAAUAAUAUUGGAUGUUCUAUUAUUGAAGAUUGUGUUUAUAUAAACGAAAGAUGUGAGAAAUAUGAUAAAAAACUGAAUUUAAAAUGUGAAGAUGCUUUAUAUGCAAAUAAUAGGGUUUGUUCAUAAAUAGAAACGGAUAGAUGUAAAUAUAACAUUUUAGGAAAUGGUUGUAUACCAUCAGAAUUAAAUGAUAUCUGCUCAACCAAAUAGAUCAAUGAAAUUGGGUGCAAUUAUUUGUAAGAUUGUUAAUGGAAUUAAUCUAAAUGCUAAUGUAAGGCUGUGAUAAAUAAUUAUCCAGACUGCACUUCUGUCACUGAAUCAUUAAAAUGUUAAAAUUUAAAUUAUUGCUAUAUUGCUACUUCUAAUCUUUAAUAUGCUGAUGAGAUUACUUAAUAGUUAAUAGAUUAAAAUUUAUUAAAGUGCUAAAGAAAGACAUGCGAUUUUUAUUCAAAAGAUUAAUGUGAUGGUUAAAUAAUCGAUACUGAUAUUUGUUAUUUAACUUCUAAUAAAGAGUGUAAAUUAGCGAAAACAUGUGAUGAAAUAGUAGAUCCGUAUAAUGAUUGUUCUAAUUAUACUCUAAAAAAUUAAUCCUGUUUCAGAAAUUUAGAUAGUAAGAAUUGUUUUGCUUCAUCAGAUUGUUAAACUUUAGAUUUUAUUAAAUGUUAAUAAUAUCCAGAAGAUUGUAUUUUUGAGUCAACAUGUAAAACUAUAGAAUGUUAAUAUUUUAAUACAUAAAGGAAAUGUGAAGAAAAAAAAUGUGAAUGGAUUCAAUAAAAUAAAAGUUGUAUCAACUCAAAUUUUUGCACUUCACAAAGUAACGAAAAUUGUAUGAACGUUAAACAAAAUGGGAAAUAAUGUGCUUUAAUAGGGAGAGAUGGAGAGGACUAAUUUUGUUCAGAUAUUGGAUGCAGAUAUCUCUUAAUAGAGUAUUCCCUAUGUAAUGGAGCUGAAAUAGGUGAUGAAGUCUGUGUUCCAUUAUCAGAUUCAAGUUGCGUAAGUUGCCAAGAAAUUAACGAUCCUUGUAUUUGUUUAGCACAUUAAGAUUCUUGUGAAUAUGAUAGAUUUCAUAAUAUUUGUAAGUCUAUUUAAUGCGAAAGUUUUAAUUAAGACACUUGUCCCCUUUCUAGAUGUUAAUUUAAUUAAUAGUAUUAGGUAUUUUAUUGACUUUAUUUCUUAGAUAUGUAUUCCAUUUUGUUAAAAUAAUUAUAAUAGUCAGCAAUGUAACUAUUUUUAAUUCUAAUGUAUCUGGGAUACGAAGAAGUAGAUAUGUAUUUAAUAAAACAAAACCAAUGUUUAAGGAGAGUUUCCAAUAAAUAUUAUUAUCACUAAUAUCUAUGGAUUAGUCUUACAAAUAAUAAUACCCAUUCUUAUAAUUGAGUUUUGA